GUAUGUAACCGUGUCAUCGUUCGGUAUAGUAUCAAAAUAAAGAGGGCGCAUAUUUUAUUUACAUGGAAAUUGAAAGAUUAGUGUAGAUUGGACCUUGGCAACAAGAAAGGAACCGGACUAUACAACUUGGCUGCAGGCUGCUAGAUACAUGUAUCAUGAAUAAAAUGAAGUAAAUAUUGGAAAUAAAGUAAAAUUUAUCAAUUACUUGAAAAUAUUAGUGCAGUGCAUUGAAUCUUUUUAUAUUUACAUGGUGGAUUGAUCGUGGAAACCAUGCAAUAAAUGAAGGAGUGCUCAGUAUUGAAAGGUUAACACUUAUUACAUUGGAAUCUGGAUUAUACAUGUGCUUCGACUUAAGUUCAGACUACAUACAGGUGGUGGUGAGGAAAGAUGCAUGAUGGAAAAUGGAGUUGACACGGUCGCGCAGCUGUUUGAAGCCUUCUGCCAUGCCUCUACAUGCCGCGCCAUCAUCAGCGCGUUCCAGGCGCUCACGGACCACGUGGGUCUCACGCACGCGGACCAUCGCAACUUCUACAGGAAGCUGAGGGCGCGUGUAGACACAUGGAAGGCGCACGCUCUCUGGGCCAAGCUUGACAAACGUGCCAACCACAAGGAAUAUAGACGUGGCGAGGCAUGCGCAAAUACAAAGGUUAUUAUAAUUGGGGGUGGUAUAUGUGGCCUGAGGGUAGCCAUAGAGACUGCGUUGCUAGGGGCCCGCACUGUGGUCGUGGAGAAGAGGGACCGAUUCUCGCGCAACAAUGUUCUCCACCUAUGGCCGUUCCUGAUUACUGACCUGAAGAACCUUGGUGCUAAGAAGUUCUAUGGGAAGUUCUGUGCUGGAGCUAUUGAUCACAUUAGUAUUCGACAACUGCAGUGCAUUCUGCUGAAAGCAGCUCUGCUUGUGGGCGUAGAAAUCCACCUCAAUGUGGGCUUUGAGGACAUCAUCGAGCCAACUACCAAAGGCACAGGCUGGCGGGUGAAGGUGGACCCAGAGAAUCAUCCACUCUCCGAGUACGAGUUUGAUGUGCUAAUUGGGGCAGACGGCAAACGGAACACACUGAAAGGCUUCAAGCGGAAAGAGUUCCGUGGCAAGCUGGCCAUUGCGAUCACGGCCAACUUCAUAAACCGGAACACGCAGGCUGAGGCACGCGUGGAGGAAAUCUCGGGUGUGGCGUUCAUCUUUAACCAGAAGUUCUUCAAGGAUCUCAACGAGGCCUACGGCAUCGACCUGGAGAAUAUUGUCUACUACAAGGAUGAGACCCACUACUUUGUGAUGACUGCCAAGAAGCAGAGUCUGUUGGAGAAAGGGGUGCUCAAGCGGGACUAUGCAGACACAGCCAUGCUGCUUGGGUAUGAAAAUGUGGACCAGGACGCUCUGGCAAACUACGCCAGGGAGGCGGCAGCCUUUUGCACCAAUCACAUGCUGCCUCACACAGACUUUGCGGUCAAUCACUACGGGCGCCCCGACCUUGCCAUGUUUGACUUCACGUCGCUGUUUCAGGCGGAGAACUCUUGCAUGGCGUAUGAGCGGCAGGGCAAGAAGCUGCUCACCAUGCUGGUUGGAGACAGUCUUCUGGAGCCAUUUUGGCCGACGGGGUCAGGCUGCGCGCGUGGUUUCCUUGGAGCGCUGGACGGCGCUUGGAUGAUCAAGCAGUGGUCCUCGUGUAAGAUGACCCCCCUGCAGGUGAUUGCUGAGCGGGAGAGCGUGUACCAGCUCCUCUCACAGACCACACCAGAGAACCUCAGGCAGGACCACAACAAGUUUGGGCUGGACCCAGCAUCUAGGUACACGAAUAUGAAGCAGAAAUGGCUGAAGCCAAAGCAAGUGAUGCACCUAUAUGACACAGGGGAGAACACGUUUAGGGACGAGGUGAUAGAGAUACCCAAGCCUUCCUCCGACAAUGUGAUAGACACAUACAGUUUGUUACGCUGGUGUCAGAAGAUCCUGAACACGGGAGAAUACAAAGCCAUCAACGUCACAGACCUCUCCUCUUCUUGGAAAUCAGGUCUUGCCUUCUGUGCACUGAUACAUUACUUCAAACCUGAUGCCAUCGAUAUUAAAAAACUGAAUGAGGCGGAUGUGAUGGAGAACAAUCAGCUGGCAUUUGAUGUGGCGAGUCGCGAGUUCUCCAUCGCACCCGUUAUGACAGGAGAGGACAUGGCAGCCUGCGCGUGUCCCGACAAGCUCUCUGUGGUCUCUUACCUCACACAGUUCCACGAUCUGUUCAAGAAACAGCGGCCUCCCAGCGAGGAUUUCUUGAACAGCAGUUUUGACGAUAACCGCAAGCACCGGUCUCCAAACCCAUCUCGUCUUUCAUUUAUCAAGAAGUUAAGGUCUUCUCGCAGCGUCUCAAAGUUGAUGAAAUCCAAGAAAGAGGAUGAUGUUGAGAGGCAAAACAAUGUAAAUAACAGCCAUCAUCAUCAGAAACAGGAUGACAUCGGGAAAAUUAACAGCGUUUUUACAAAUCCUAACUGGGAACAGGAAAGAAAUGAUAUCAGGAACGGUAACGUGGAACUUACAAGAUACAAAAUGCCCAUAGAAAAACUGCCAAUCGACCGAAUCACAAGCCGCCUGGACCAGGGCAACGCAAAGCACCCAGAUCCCCAACAUCGUGUGAAGGAGAGCAAGCUCCCAAUGGACGAGAUCACCAAUAGACUGACCAAUGACCGGCCAGACGAGCUCAAGGGGAUCAAGAUGCGGGAAGAGAUGAUGCCGGUUGUCAAGGUGAGCAAGAUGGCGGAGCUGCUCGUGUCAAAGUUCAAGAAGAACUGUGAGGAACCACCACCGGAGCCACUGUCCAGGAGGGUGAAAGGUCAGCCAAUGAUGGUUGCGUCCCAGCCUGCCAGUGAGUUCUGUUUCUUCUGCAAGAAGCGUGUAUAUAUCAUGGAGAGAAUGUCGGCAGAAAAUGUCUUCUUUCACAGACAGUGCUUCAAGUGUGACUUCUGUGCCGUCAUUUUGCGCAAUGAAACCUACUCCGUUGAUAAAACAUCAUAUGGAGAUGCCACACGUUUCUUCUGUCCCCGUCACGCCCUUCCCCAGAGUCGGUUUGGUCGUCCAGCACGGAAGCGUGUAGCGGAGGACGCUGCAGAUAGUACGUGCGAGAAACGCGUACCUCUGGACAGGAACAUCAGUGGCCCCAGUCCUACCAAGGUGUCCACUACAGCACGGUCACCCAAGAAAACACCUGAUCUGUUGUCGCCAGUAGCGAUCACAGAGGACAAUUCAGCUCUGUCUGCGUUGAAGACGCCAGAGAGGAUAGAGUUUGAGAACACGAUGGAGGGUCUGAUAGAGGAGACAGAGGAGGAGCAGUAUGAACACAACCUGAGCAUGAGUCUGGCACGUAACGGGGCCCUGGAGGGCGGGGCCGGGGACCAGGGGGAGGGAGACAUGGAGGAGGACGAGGAAAUGGACAGCGAUGAUUCAGAUCUUGAAGAGUUAUUGUCAGAAAUGGAUGAGAUGGAUUAUGAGGAGCUGCUAACAGUCUGGACAGAGAACAAUGACUUCCAGGAAGCAGUGGACCUGUACAAGUCCGGCAAGCUGGAGGAGUCGCUGUGUCUGGCCAAGGAGAGCCUCAAGCGGUCCACAGAGAAUCUGCUUGACGACGGGGGUGCAGAGGGGGAGGACGGGUACACUCGCAUACAGGAGGGGGAGGAGGACACAGAGGUGGAAGACUAUGAUGAUGAUGACUAUGAGACAGACGACUCGGACACGGAGUUGGAAGAGGAGUCUCAGGAGCCGGCAAGCGGCAGGUCUGAGCCCAAGUCAGCCUGGACCGAGUCCAAAUCUUCGCCUUCAGUAACGCCAUCCACCAGCACUGUGGCCCCUUCCAAACGUGUGGAGGUCGGCAAACCUGUUGUGAGUGCCACAAGCCCUGGUGUGGCUGUGUCAAAGGCGAGGGCCAACUUCUUUACAGCCCCUCCUGAGCCCAUUAGACUGGACCCCUUCAAAAUGUUUGGCAUGGCGCGCAAGAACCCCGUACCAGAACCAGUCCAGGAUAGUUCUACGUCUGCUGCCAGCGUUGUUAAGACGGGAGAGAGUGAGGCAACAGAUAGUCAGGUUAAGUCAGAAGUCUUGAGCAACAAGGAUGCCAAGAUGGAAGACACAGAUGAGGAUGUGGAUGAUGCCUUUGUGUCGGCGGAAUUUGGGGACGAUGAAAAGGUUGCAGUUAGCCGAGCCAUGGAACAGCUUUUGGUUGAUAUGGACCAUAAAUCAGAGUCCCUGAGCGACUCAUGUGAUCAUCUUAAAGAGUCCAGUGAGGGUGAAGGUGAAGAUGAUGUGUUCCGCGAAUACAGGGCGCAUUUGGAGUCGCGGGACUCCAUAGGGUCCUUGUCUGGAAGUGAAGGUACUACCAGUUCAAGGUCAAGGUCGAAACAUUCGCUGUCCAGUAGUGGCAAGGGGAGCAAGUCGAGUUCUAGAAGGGAUAAACUUUACAAAUCUGACAGUGACAGUUCUAAGAAAAGCUGCAAUAUUGGUGGUAAUGUUGGUGGUGGUGAUUCGUUGAAGGAUCUAAGUGCGACUGAGAAAUCGGUGUUGCGUAGUGUGAAGGAAAUGGACAGCGUUUCAAGUUCCCUUUUGGGGUCGGGGGAAACCACAUUGCAAGUGUUACAGAGUAUUAAUAAGACUGGUACUCGGGACAUAAAUGAAAUGUGCAUUCAGUACAUUGACGAUAGAUUUGUUACUAAAAGACCUAGAGGAAGCGCAGCUGAUGAACACAGAUCUUUGAAAUCCAGUAGUCUUAAUAAGUCAGAUAGUUCGUGCAGUUUAACAAUAUCAACCCCUAGUCAUUCAUCCAAUAACACUUCCAAUAGCUCUCUGACUGAGGAAUACGAGCGAAACAAACAGUUUGCCACAAGUUUAAGUGAUGACGAGAGACCUGAUUCGCAAAUGUUGAGGGAUUAUACGAUGACUAUGAGUCAAGCCCUUGAAGAGGAGGAGGGUGAGGAGUUUGCUCCCCUCAGUAACUCUCCAGAUGGAGGAGAGGAAUUAGUUCCUUUGAGUAAUUCUCCAGUUGAAGGAGAGGAAUUAGAUCAGACUUUAAAUGCUGAGGAACCGGUACUGACAUUCCCUGGAUUGGAAAAUGUGUCACCGAGGUUAGAUCUGGGGGAUGUGUCGUGUGAUAAGAGUGAGUAUACGUCUCCACUCUCUGGUAGGGCUAGCAGUGUGUAUGAAACCCUGGAAUCUAGUCUUACAGAACCCAACGAUGUGCAGACAGUGACGAUGGAAGAAGAAAAGAGUGUUCUUGACAAGAAAAGGAAGUCUGGUUCAUCUAGUGGGGUUUCCACUAAGGACAGUUCAAAACCAGACAAUUAUAAGAGCAGUGGUUUAUUUGGGGUCCGGAGGAAGAAAUCUGAAACAGUGAAAUCACCAAAAGUGAUUAAAUCUACCAGUGUAAAUACGCCAGUGUUGCCAGUAAAAUCACAGACUAUCAUUCGCCCCAUUUCCCAUAGGUCCAGGGAAGGGUCGGUGGAAUCAAACCCUUUGGAGAAAGACGCUUGGGGUGGUGAUUCUAGUUCGUGUAGUAGUUUGAAUUCUGUGAAAUCUACUGAUGCUACACAGAAAACUUGGAGGCCAUUGCCACCUGUACCAACACAAUCUCUGGAAUCUCCAAAACAGUCAAAGACUGCAAAAGCUGGAGCUGGUAGAAAGUUGCCCGAUCCGGCCCAAGUUCAAACAAAAUCACCAGUUGUGUUUCAGAGUCAGUUCAUGAAGAAAGCAUUUACUGACUCCAAUAACGAGUUCCGCACACCUGUGAUAACCAGUCAACCUAGACCACUUCCUCCGAAGCCAGUCGAAGCCUUGACAACCAGUCCAGUGGAUAAUGGACUUCAGAAAUCAAAUCCAAACGAUAUGUUAAAUACGGGCGGUUCAAAAACUAAGGUGACUGUUGAUUACUCCAAAUUAAACUCUGACAAGGACAGUGACAGUGAAAAACAGCAGAAAAAGAAAAGAAUCCCGGUAGCCACAGCUUUAAAGCAGUCGAUAAAACCAACCCUGUCAAAUAACAGUGGAAAAGGUGAACCUACAGAUGUUCAUUCAGAUGACAUUCCAUUUGCAGAUGACAGUAAUGAGGAAGAAGUUGUUGAAGAGAAAUUCUUCACUCCAGUGACCUCUGUUAAGUUGAAACCCAAAAUUGAGCGGAAGGAAGGUGAUAAAAUACAAGCAAGGACGCGAAUUCUUCCGACGCCUCCUAAAAUGCAGCCAGCCCUGCCGAGUCCAGAGAAAAUACGAGAUAUAAGAAAGGCAGAGCUAGAAAAGUUCAAAGAAGAAGCUAGACUUAGAGCACGUCUAAAAAGCGAUAAAGAGUUGGGAAUUAGUGAAACACCAUCAAAAUACAAGAGAACGGUCAGCUCUGAGUCUUCCCAGAGUGCAUCGGACAGAGCCCCCGCGUCUGAAAAAGAGGAUGCCUCUCAAAAGGUUACUUUCAACCCAGACAUUCCAGAAUCUAGUGGAACGCCAAAACAGAGCAAAAGUAAGAAGAAGAAGAAUCAAAGCCAUGAAAGCAGUUUAUCGUCUAUUGAAAACCUUGAUGCUGAGUCAUCAGGUAAAAAGGACAAAUCCAAAAAACGGUCCCUUCUAGCAUCCAUUUUAGGUGUAAAAACACCGAGUCUAGAAAAGCAAAAAGAUAGGGACGAGUUUUCAUCGUCAAAUGAUCACUUGGAUGAAAAAUCUGCUAAGAAAAAGAAAAGUAAAACGCCAAAGACAGAAAAGAAGAAAAAGGAAAAGGACAAGAAACGUAAGACCGCCUCUGUAGAUGACAGCCUGUUGUCUGAUAACAUGAAGGAUCUGAAGAUAGGGACUGUCUUUACCAAGGAGAGGAGAGGGGGGAUGCGUAGAAUCAUGCCACCAAAAGCUUCAGUGGAUGACUUCACUGACACUGAUGAAGACGCUGUGAGCAUGACGACCAGUUGCACGUCCCUUAACGACAGCCAUCGACGCAUCAAGUCUGACCAUGGCCCACUUUCUGAGGAUGAACUUAACGCUCGCAUCACGCGCAAGAUCCAGCAUGCAGCACGGAAACAGCAGAAGCAGCAGGAGCAAAAACGUCUGCGGCAGGCCCAGGAGAUCCAGCGAAAACUCCAGGAAGUGGACGUGAAACAGCGCGAGCUUGAGGAGAAGGGGGUGAACGUGGAGCGAGCUUUGAGGGGGGAGGGGCCGGAGGGUGGUCGCUCAGAGACAGAGCUCAUGCAAGAGUGGUUCAACCUUGUGCAUGAGAAGAACGCCCUAGUCAGGCUUGAGUCUGAGCUCAUGGUCAGUGCUCGAGAGCUUGAGCUUGAGGACAGGCAAGGUCGUCUGCAGCAGCAGCUACGGGAAAGCCUCUCGCUUGACGGUGUAGAUUUGACCGAACUAGAGAACGAUGAUGUAUUCGAGGAGCCUGAUAACGUGAAUCUUGCCAAAAUAUGGAGCGCUAUCUCUAGACAUGACUCACUAAAAUCGCCGGGGCAGCGCGAUAAAGAACAGAAGAUCUAUCAGGAGCUUAUUGAUGUAGUAGAGGAACGGGACAGGCUUGUAGCCAUGUUAGAGGAUGAACGACUCAGAGAGCAGGAAGAAGAUAAAGACCUAGAGAGUGUUAUGAAGGCCAAGGGGUUUGCCCUGUCACCGCGGUCAGGAUCGAAAAUACUCAGAAAAAAUCGGGCAUCCAAAAUGCAGACGUGAUAUGAACUACCAUGAUACGAAAUACCUUUGUGUUGUCCACUUGCCAAAAAUAUUGCUGGAUUAUCUGGGGAAAUGUGGCGGGGGUAGGGGUUGCUUGUAGGGGCCAUAAGGGGUAAACAAGUUAGGCAAAGCUGAGCUGAUGAGUUAUCAUCUGUUGGCAUUGAUUGUUAUAUUUUCUGAUUGCUUAUUGUGUCUCCCAAUGUUGGAAUUUGCCUGGGCAAGUUAAUUGCUAAGGUUAAAUGUCAUGGAAUAAAUGUGUGUGAUUUGUGUCUUUGAUGGCAUUUGAAGUUUUUGUACUUAUAUAUAACUUGUGCUCUCCAUGUUGUGAGUUGCUGUUAGAAGUAUGAUAAGCACAUGGUUGUGUAUUUCAUAACUUGCUAUUGAGAUUAUUCUGUGCUGUUUCAACUCAGUGCAGCUGUCUAUUAUGUUUUUCACUGAAUAAGGAUUCUGAUCUGCUUUUGUCAAAAACAACAUUUCAUUCUCAUAUUUAUCUGCUUUAGAGUAAGGUUUGUUCAGAAUAACCAAAUAAAAAUAACUCCUGUGUCAUUUUCGUUGAAGCAAGGUUCAGUUCCGUUCAAUGAGAAUGUGUUUCAGUUUCAAUACCAAUUGAAAUUGAAUUGCAUAGAAUUGACAUAAUAAUCAUGUAUUUUAAUGUUUGAUAAAACUGAACGUUUUAAUGUCAUCAGUUAAAUGUCCACAUUAUAUUGUAUCUUUGUAGCUGCACAUUGUACACUGUGUUAAGAUGUUUACAUGUCUUUCUGUUGCGUCCUAGUAUAUGGAGGUUGGAAUAGUAAAUACUAAUAUUCUUACUUAUUAUCUCUAAAUGAAUGCUAGAUUUAUGUACUUUGGUGCGUUUAAAGCAGACGCAUCAAACCAAAACUUUUCAACAAACUGAUGAGCAUCAUAGAUGAGUGCAGAUAGUAUGAAUCAUUGUGUGAGAGCUUGUGUUGAGAACCUGCUAAGUUCAUGCAUUGGCAGUUUAAUGCAUGUGCAUAAAGUGUUGUCCCAAAUUUAGCCUGUGCAGUAAUCGAGGACUACACUUUUGACUUUUAUUAUGUUUUUUCUCAAAGAAAGUCACUUCUUAGUGAAAAAUCCCGUAUUUGCGGAAAUUGUUGUCCCUGAUAAGCCUGCGCAGGACAUCUGGGACAACACUAUGCACAUUCAUUUAGCCUGCGCAGGACAUCUGACACAACACUCUAUGCACAUUCAUUUAGCCCUGUUUUUACAGAGUGUGAUUAACGUUUUGUUGGUACAAAGUAGAAGUCUGAGCUAAUCUCAUGCAAUUCAGUUAGGUUGGCGAAUGGGUUUUCAGUUUACAAUACAUGUAUUUGUGAGCCUACCUUUCAUGGUUGUUGAGUUGUUUAUAAGGUUUAAGUAAUGUUUAAGAAAAACAAUGCCAAAUUUACAGUUUUCAGAUUACCAGUAUAUUAUUUGACAAUGAUUGGAAUAGUUUAAGUUUUAGUACUUGUGUAUCUAAAAUAUGUGAACUAUGUAUAUUUGUGUUAUAUAUUUAUUAUUGCUAUACAUUACUGUAUGGAGUCUUUAAAAUGAACUGGUUGUACCAUAAAUUAGUGUAAAUGUAUUUAUAAUUGUGUGUGUUAUUGCCAUAUAAAUAUGAAAUAUUAUAAAAAACUGGUAUAUAAAUAUGAUGUAAAUAUAAUAUUAUUAUAAAAUGUACAUGGAAAAGAUAAACUAUUCAGCUAUGUUUAUUUAAAACCUUGUUUUCUUAUGGGGUUGUGACAUUGCUUCAAUAAAUGUGAAAUCAUA